AGGCUGGCUCUUUGGGCGACCUCCGAAGCUUCCCUCCUGCCGGGGUGGCGUGGGCUUGUUACCCAGGUAGACUGGGGGACGCUGGAAUAUGGCGCGUUGCCCACCUUCUUGCAAGUUAGGAGGCGGCCGGGGCGGCAGUUCGAGGAGGAGGGCGCAAAGUCCUUUUGUACGCAGAAAUAAGGAGCGACAUUGUGUUUUCUUCCCCAGCUGAGAUGUGCCCGCGGAGGGGCCGCGGUUCUUCCUGUGCCUCGGGUGGUGGUCCCCUGGGUGGGGAAGAGGGGGAGUGGCACGCCCCUCCGAAGGAACUGAACCUUUUGCCACUGGAAAGACAGGGGCUCUGGGUUGGCCGUGUGCAUGUUCCUGGUCCAGAACUUUACACAGAAAAGGUGCACAAAGGAUAUUUGUUUAAUGAAUGUGGUAUGCUGACAUUUAAACAGGACAAAACUUGGGAGGGAGCUGGAAAAGCAUGAUACACAAUUUAAGACAAGUGCCAACAAAGGCUAGUGUUGGCAAAUGAGCUCCACCAAACCAUUGUUUAAAGUGAAGAAGCAGCGGUCUGAGGCAUUUCUCUCACCAGUGGCGGUAGGGGGAGGCCUCCACCAGCAUCAGGGAAUCUUCACUGGAUGCAGCUGACCCACCCUCCUGACUGCUCAGUCUUUUCCCACCACUGUUCAUCCUUUAUUUACAUUCAGAUGUGUUCAGCACUAGAGAUGAGCUGGCUGUAUUCAUGUGGGUCUGUUUCUGGGCUCCCUCUUCUGUUACAUUGGUCUGUUUGUCUGUCGUUUCACCUAUGUCACACUAUCUUGAUUACUGUAGCUUUAUGUAGAACUUCAUGGAGGAACACGGAGUGACCCAAACUGAACAUAUGGCUACCAUAGAAGCACAUGCAGUGGCCCAGCAAGUGCAGCAGGUCCAUGUGGCUACUUACACUGAGCACAGUAUGCUGAGUGCUGAUGAAGACUCACCUUCUUCUCCUGAGGACACCUCUUACGAUGACUCAGAUAUACUCAACUCCACAGCCGCUGAUGAGGUAACAGCUCAUCUGGCUGCUGCAGGUCCUGUGGGAAUGGCCGCUGCUGCUGCUGUGGCAACAGGAAAGAAACGGAAACGGCCUCAUGUAUUUGAGUCUAAUCCAUCUAUCCGGAAGAGGCAACAAACACGUUUGCUUCGGAAACUUCGAGCUACGUUAGAUGAAUAUACUACUCGCGUGGGACAGCAAGCUAUUGUCCUGUGUAUCUCACCCUCCAAACCCAACCCUGUCUUUAAAGUGUUUGGGGCAGCACCUUUGGAGAAUGUGGUGCGUAAGUACAAGAGCAUGAUCCUGGAAGACCUGGAGUCUGCUCUGGCAGAACACGCCCCUGCGCCACAGGAGGUUAACUCAGAACUGCCACCUCUCACCAUCGAUGGAAUUCCAGUCUCUGUGGACAAAAUGACCCAGGCUCAGCUUCGGGCAUUUAUCCCAGAGAUGCUCAAGUACUCCACAGGUCGGGGAAAACCAGGCUGGGGGAAAGAAAGCUGCAAGCCCAUCUGGUGGCCUGAAGAUAUCCCCUGGGCAAAUGUCCGGAGUGAUGUUCGCACAGAAGAACAAAAGCAGAGGGUUUCAUGGACCCAGGCACUACGGACCAUAGUUAAAAACUGUUAUAAACAGCAUGGGCGGGAAGACCUUUUGUAUGCCUUUGAAGACCAGCAAACGCAAACACAGGCCACAGCCACACACAGUAUAGCUCAUCUUGUACCGUCCCAGACUGUAGUCCAGACCUUUAGUAACCCUGAUGGCACUGUCUCGCUUAUCCAGGUUGGUACAGGGGCAACAGUAGCCACAUUGGCUGAUGCUUCAGAAUUGCCAACCACAGUCACUGUUGCCCAAGUGAAUUAUUCUGCCGUGGCUGAUGGAGAGGUGGAACAAAAUUGGGCCACGUUACAGGGAGGUGAGAUGACCAUCCAGACGACGCAAGCAUCAGAGGCCACCCAGGCAGUGGCAUCAUUGGCAGAGGCCGCAGUGGCAGCUUCUCAGGAGAUGCAGCAGGGAGCUACAGUCACCAUGGCGCUUAACAGCGAAGCUGCCGCCCAUGCUGUCGCCACCCUGGCUGAGGCCACCUUACAAGGUGGGGGACAGAUCGUCUUGUCUGGGGAAACCGCAGCAGCCGUUGGAGCACUUACUGGAGUCCAAGAUGCUAAUGGCCUCUUUAUGGCAGAUCGUGCAGGUCGCAAGUGGAUCCUGACUGACAAAGCCACAGCCAUCAGUAUUUUUCUCGCAACUAAAGAUAUUUCCAUGACCAACUUGGAAGGCUUUCGGGCUGAAAGAUUCAGUUACAGCAAACAACAAUUCCCAAAGGUUUCCCAGACUGUGAGGACAAAUGAAAGGCCCAUUCUUCCUCAGGCUGUCUGUCCUGCUCUAUCUUGUCGUGGGGUGAGGGGAGGGCCAGCUCUGGUGCUGGAUAACUUCGACAGCCCUGCAGCCCUGUGCUCUGCUUGGCUCAAGCCUGUUAGUUUCUGGAGGAGUUCAGAAAUAUAUCAGGGUGAUGACAUCACAUCAGACUGCUCUGAUCAUAUUUUCAACACUCUUACUAUUGAGGAGUGGUUUUUCCUGGUUGCUUAUUGACCAAUGUGCUAGAUUAGCAACUGCUUCGUCUACGUCAUGGUGCAGUGCCAGUGCCAGUCCUGACCAUCGCUGUGUUUCAGACGGGAAGCUGCCUGCCAGUCCAUCUGCCCUGAUUUCAUGGCUUUUAUCUCUCAUCUUUACAUCUUUGAAGGCCUUUGACGAAUGAUGUGCUUCCUGGCAGGAGAAAAUCACUGCUGAAAGGAGAUCUGUGCUGUCUCUGCUUUUCUUUCUGUUUUCUGAGAGCUUUAGUCUAACAUCUGUGACCCCAGCCAGACUCCAUCAAACUUCGUACUCAAAGUCAUCUUUGAAAAGCAGUGGCGUUUAUUAUAUACCUACUAUGUGCCAAGCACUGUAGUAGAUUUUACUGUGUCAUCCCCCCUCUAGUUCAGCAGCGCUGUGAGAUGAGUGAUCACCAUUUUAUAUAUGAGGAAACAGGCUCACAAGCCAUUAAAUAGCAGAACCAAGAUUCACAUGUAGGUCUUUCUGACUCAGAAGCCUUUAAUGGAAAUAAACAGCCUGGUUUUUUCUCACAUAAAAUGCAGCUGAACUACAGCACCAUAAGAAUGUUGUUGUGGAGAAAAUUCGGCCUCAUUCUGGAUGAGAGUCAAAGCUGUUAAGGCUGUUCGGUCUGUGGAGGGCAAGACUAAAGGGAGUACCACCAAGUUUCUGAAAAUUAUGAAGAGUAUGAUCAGUUACACAUUUUCAUAUCAUAUUCAAUUAUUGAGCACCUACUGUGUUCAAGUUGCUCAGCAUUCAAAGACAGUCCUGCCAACAAUGCAAGCUUGCAGAUUUACAGAGAGAAAAGCAGCAACUCCUUGGGAACAGGUCAGCACAUACCUGGGGCCAAAUGAAUGGUGGCAGCAAAAAAGUCACAGGAGGGAGAAACCUGGUGGGCUGUCCCCUCAGGCAACCCCAUGCACUGUGUGGAAACUGUCAGAAGAACUGGACUGAGAGUGGCAGGGCAUAAUUCCAGACAGAGGAACCUGCCUGAGGAAGCUCACAUGGUACCCAGGGGACGUGGUUGUAAUGAGGGGACAGUGUAAGAUGUUUGUGGGAAAGGCUAUGUAAACUCCUUCAACUGUUAGCUAUUUGCACUUUAUUUUCCUGAUAGGAAGAAGCAAAGGAAUUUUUUUGGUGGGAUGGGACGGCUUUUGCCAAACAAUAUUUGAAGAUGUAGUUAACCAUUUUAUAUAUACUUCUUCAUCCAAUAAUACUGAAUACUGAAAGUAGUUAACCUUGGGAAAAAUAAAUUCCCCCAAAUAAAUAAAUUCCAUUUCCACAUAUACGUGCACAUAUGUGUAUAUAUGUAAAUUCCAUAUACAAUAGGCAAGUGAUGAAACUCACUGCCCCAUGAGAGAUCUGGAAUAGAGUAGAUUGGCUCGUGAAUGAUAAAUCCACAGAGUGUGCAAGGCUGUGACCCUAACCUUUAAAGUAACUGUCAUUGGCGCCCCUGGUCUACCACAGUGUUCCCCUGGUGCCGCCAUCAGAGACAGACCACUGUAAAGCGUCAUGCCCCUCGCUCUGCAGCGUGCAAGGCCAGGCUUCUGAGUCGAUACAAUCUGCCUCCCAUGUAAUGUGAUUUGAGAGGCAUCACUUUGUAUGGAAGUUUUAAAAGAUUCCUUUGGCAAGUGCUAAGGUAGGCUGAUCACAAAGGAAGGCAAAGGAUGGCAGUGUUUGUCUGGGGAGGCAGGAGGAAAAGUGUUGAAUUUGGGGUCUGUAUUCAAAGGGAGAGAAUUAGCUGGUGUGUUGGAUGUGAAGUCAAGGAUGACUUCAAAGACUUCAAAGCUUUUGGCCUGAGCAACUAGAAGAAUGUCAUUGCCAUUUAUUUGGGAAAAGCAUGUUUCACCAUUUUGGCUCAAAAAUGAUACACA